AUCCCUCCAUCUCUCUCUCUCUCUCUCUCUCUCUCCCUCUCAGUCACUCACACACAAACACACACUUUAACUCUCUCUCUCUCUGAACUGUGUGAUCAUUAAUCCCACCCGUUGUGCAACCACAGAGAAGGAUCCCCGGCACACGCCCUCCUCCUCCUCCUCUUCCUCCUCCUCCUCUUCCUCCUCCUCUUAGCGAUGGUCUGCUUCUGCAGCGCGAGGGGUUUGCACGUCUGAACGGUUUUGAGCUUUCAUUCACAGACGAGUGUGUGCGUGAAUCAGAAGUGAAAGGACUUUCCCAGAGCACCACUGGCCUCACACACUCUCUCUGGCACACACAUAUAAAAAGUGUGUAGAGUAGAGACCACUACGCUCGACACUCAGAGAAGAAAUCGUGUCAAGUGCAGAAGAGCGAGUUUGGGCCGCAAUGGAGGAGAACAUGGAAGAAGGACAGACACAGAAAGGGUGCUCUGAUUGCUGUAUUAAAUGCCUGAGCGGGAUUCCCUACGCCUCUCUCAUCGCCACCAUCCUGCUGUAUGCCGGCGUGGCGCUCUUCUGCGGCUGUGGGCAUGAGGCUCUCUCUGGCACCGUCACCAUCCUGCAGAACUACUUCGAAGUGGUCCGAUCACCAGUCGAAACCCUGGACGUGUUUACCAUGAUUGAUAUCCUGAAGUACGUGAUCUACGGCGUGGCUGCAGCGUUUUUCGUCUACGGGAUCCUGCUGAUGGUCGAGGGCUUUUUCACCACUGGUGCAAUCCGCGACCUCUACGGAGACUUCAAGAUCACGACCUGUGGCCGCUGCGUGAGCGCCUGGUUCAUCAUGCUGACCUAUGUCUUCAUGCUGGCCUGGCUGGGCGUGACGGCCUUCACCUCUCUGCCAGUCUUCAUGUACUUCAACAUCUGGAACACCUGCCAGAACAUCACAGUGAUCGAGAAAACCAACCUGUGCUUCGAUCUGCGCCAGUUUGGAAUUGUAACUGCUACUGAAGACAAGAGAAUCUGCACCGACUCAGAGAAGUUCAACAAGAUGUGUGAGUCUGAUGAGCUGGAUCUGACGUUCCACUUGUUCGUCUGUGCUCUGGCGGGGGCAGGAGCAGCCGUCAUCGCCAUGGUGCACUACCUGAUGGUCCUGGCAGCGAACUGGGCCUACGUGAAGGACGCGUGCCGCAUGCAGAAGUACGAGGACAUCAAGAGCAAGGAGGAGCAGGAGCUACACGAUAUCCACUCCACUCGCUCCAAAGAGCGCCUCAACGCCUACACAUAAACCACACACACACAUAUACACACACAUAUACACAUACACACAAUCCCAAGCAUGCCCUUUCCCUUCCCUGAACAACAAACACACACACACACACACACACACACAUAUAAGCACACAUGUAAACACAUGUAAUGAAUUUGAUUGGUUAGAGGAUCAGUGCCAGAAGGGACUUACACACACCUGUUUUUUUUUUUUUUUUUAGUAUUUUUCCGCUUUGUCAGUUAUUUUCUUGGCUCUUAUCCGUCAACGUUGCGUCAAAAUAUGAACAAAUCCACAUCUGAUUCAUAAAGUUAUCAUCCAGCAUCAAAAUGAGUCGUGAUUUAAGCAAAACGAAUCAGCUUCAGCUGCGUGAACGCAAGCUCCACCCACUAGGCUCCACCCACUAGCCCCUUAUUUACACGUCAUAUGCAUAUGACACGCCCUGAUUUUACCUUAUUUACAUAUAAUUUACAUGAAACACACCCCAUUUUACACAGGAGUUGCAAUAGCUUGCUAAAAUGAUGUUUUCCUGGAUAAUAUACUAUGAAUAAUAAAUAUAUUAUUUCGGUUAAUUCCAUUACUUAAACUCAAAGAAGUUAAGUCGCAAGAUCACUGUCUAAAUUUGGGGGAAAAAAUAAAAUAAAAAUAGUAAUAUUUAAAUAAUAACAAUAAUAAUAAUAAUAAUAAUAGCAACGCAAACCUAUGUCAUGUGUGUUAGGAUUAUAAUGAUUUGGAAAAUAUUACUAUUAAUAAAAUAAUAAUAAUAAUAAUAAUAAUAAUAAUAAUAUUUCACUCCAACUCGAGUAUUUUUUUAACUUGUUAAAAUGUUAGGCGCAAAUUUACACUCUGUCUGAUGAGAUGCGAGUUUGACUCAGAUAUUCCAAAGAUGAAAUUUGAUAAAUAAUAAAGUGUGGGAAUUUGCGUAAGCUUUUUUGUAAUGAUCUGUUUUGACCGUACGCAACUUUGACGAAUAAGAGCCAUUUGUCUUUAAAGACACGGAUAUCACAUGCCAACAUGUCAAACUACUUUUUUUUUUUAUACUUGUGGAGCUUUUAAUUAUCCAGACCUGUUUUCAGAGGAAAGAGGAUUAUGAUAUGUCAUGUCUGACAAGAUAGGAAAAUUAGCCGCAUUGCUAGCUACACUAUUACUUAUACUUCUCCGUGUAUAAAUAAUACAUGUUUAACAUUUUUAACCUCAGUAUGAAAACCUUAACGUUACUGGAAAAAAAUGUGAUAAAGAGAUACAGAAAGCUAGCUGGCUAAGAAUGCUAGCAUCUAGCUACCUACUGUUAUGUUAGCGCUGUUAAUUUGACUUUAACGGUGCUAAUUUCUUGUCUUUUCGCAAUAAACUGCUCAAUAUUUCUCAGAAAGGGUUUUAUAAAUAAAACACGUAAGCGCUAAAUAUCAGAUUUGUGUGCUGUUUAGGUUUUUCAGAGGACUAGCAUAGCUAGCACUACGGCUAGUUUAGCAAUACGACUCCUGGACAUAAUCACAAUCCUUUUAAUCCUGAAAAGCAGUUUACGUAAAUAAACUCUGAUAUUUUUUAUGACAUUAACCUUAUUUAAGUAUUGCUUUACUCACGUUGACAUACUUCAUAGAACUUAAACUGGGCCUCGUGUUGUUGUUUAUUAUUAUUUUUUAACAUCCAAAGCUAAAACGUGACCAAACUUGUAUGAUUUCACAGAUUCUUUUCCAGCAAAUUCACUGUCGGUUUUGAGAACCGAAAAAACUUUAAAAUGACUUUUUACAAAAAACAAUUUGUAUCUUAGGCUAAGUCUCAGAAACGUACGCUAAGAAUAUGAAGAAGCUGUGACACUGGUGCUUCAUCUUAAACAUUUUUAAAAGCUAUAAAGUGCGUAUUUGCUCUAAAAACGGAAAGAUUCUGGAUUAAAGAAACAAAAUGGCGGGAAAAACGUCUUUUCAUUAAGAUGGUCACCUUUCUGAUUGGCGAAUUGUACAGAUUAUUUUCCAGCACAUUCUCUAAAGAUUGCAAGAGCCAGAAAGACCUUAAAAUUACUUUUUAUCGCUCGAGUGUAGCUUUUUAUCGUACGUUAAGUGUAUCAUGAUGUUAUUUGACACUGGUGCUUCGUCUCAGGCUGUUCGUAAAGCUGUAAAGUGCGCACUUUUCCAAGUAAACUAGAAAGUCACCAUGUGAGCUGCAAAGACGUCCAGAGAGAAUAUUCAUCAUCUUUAUUAUUAUUAUUAUUAUUAUUAUUAUUAUUAUUAUUAUUUAAACAAUUGCCAAGUUGCUACAUUGAGACAAAAAGUGAUUUUCUUCAAUUUAGAUUUAAAUGAUGACUUUGAAGAGCUUAAAAUGUGUAAAUAAUUGUCUGAUAAUUGGAAAUAGAAACAUGACAUAACAAGACAAAUAUCUUAAUGAAUCUAUUUUACAAAAAUAUUUAUUAUAAAUAAUAUUUAAAUAUUCAUUUUGGAAUAAUUUGAGCUAGGUAAAAAUAAGAUGACACUUAAUGGGCUUUAGGCAAAAAAAAAAAAGAAAGAAAUAGAGUAUAAGUGAUCUGAAAAUAAUAAGAUAUGAGGUAAAAAAUAAUAAUAAAAACACAUAAUAAUAAUAAUAAUAAUAAUAAUAAUAAUAAUAAUAAUAAUAAUAAUAAUGGUGAUGAUGGUGAUGAUGAUGAUGAAUAGUCUCUCUGAGCUUCUGUAGAAUUGAGUGAAUAAAAUGAAAUAAGAAGAAAAAGGAGAUUUUCUUGCUGAUCGAGCGCCUGUUUUAGAUUUGCCUUGGAGAGAUUCUGUAGAUUCUUCUCUCAUCCAUCACAAGCCAUAAUCUCACUAACAUCCUCCGGUUUUCCUUUCGGCUUAUUUUUUUAGCUUUAACUUUUUAAAUGCUUAAAUGCGAGAUUAAAAAGAAAUCGAACAUCACUCCUCUGCACUGUAUAUAUUCAUAUAUAUAACUAUAUCUAUAUAAAUGUAUUCAUAUAUUUUCUGGUCAUUUCCGGUCAUGUGAAAAGGAGUUUCAAAAACUUGCUGAUGUUUGGGUGAUACCCUGAAGAUCACUGUCCAUAACAGGGACAAAAAUAACAUGUAAGAAAUAAAUAAUUAUAUAAUAAUUAAAAAAAAAAAAUCUAAUCAAAAUCUUGUGGUUUUGGAUUAUAAUGAUUUGAGGGAGGGAUUGAAGAUUAAAUUUGAACUUUACUGCCAACAUGCUGACACUAAGUGAAAAAAAAAAACAAAGGAAAAGUUUCCCAAAAAUAAUGGGGCACUACAAUUUGAUUUUUUUUUUUUAAUUAAAUUUUUUAAAUUUUAAUUUUACUACUUAGUUUAAUUUGUUUUUAUUACAGAAUUUGAGAAUGGUUACAACAGUGUGUUUACUGCAAAGACCUUUCACAAUAUUCAAAAUAAUCAGUUACAACCUUAAUGAAAAUCAAAAACAAAUAUUUUUUAAAAAAAAUUAAAACAAAAUACUACUUGCAUAUCUAUUUAUAUUUUUAUUUAGAAAUUUUUUAGUAAAUUUUUUUUGCUUCAUAAAUAGUAAAUUUUGUGCCCUGUUACUUUUGGGACAUCUUUAUCGUUUAUAGUUAAUACAUUUGCUUUUAUUGGAUUAUUUGAUAUUUAAUAAUCUGGACCAAACUCUUUUGACUGGAUUUAGCCGGUUGUAACUGCCCUGAGAGUCUCCUGAUUCGGAUUCUGACACUACCGUCUUUUUAUCUUCUCGCCCAUCGUGAACUUUUUUUUUUUUUUCUUCUCAUUGUAAGUGCAUUUGGAUUCAGUGCCGAGUCGCUGUACUGUUAAAUCUCCAGCAUUGGUUUUUACACCGAACUGAACGAAAUAAAUAAACAAACAAACAAAUCAUUGUAUUAGCUAAAGACAGUGAAUCUAGUCGUUGUUUGUGGCAUGGUUAUAAAAUAGUUUUGAAUUGAUUACAGAAAAAAAAAUAAUAAAUGAGACAAAGGUUUAUUUUCAUUUUUACACUGACUGUCUUGCUGAUUUCUUCUUCUUCUACUUCUUCUUCUUCUCUAGUGUGCAGUAUUUGAGUAGCUAAUGGAGCAGUAUUAAAGGAUAAAUAUCUUACUUGGUUGUAGUGUUUAAGUUUCGUCCUAGUUUGAAACAGUUCUGAUGUUGCAUAUACAAUAUUCAGCAAACUCUCUCUCUCUCUCUCUCUCUCUCUCUCUCUCUCUCGUAUCAGUCUUUUGUACUUUCACUAAGAAUGCUUUGUAGCUGGCUGUAAAAUUAAUCUGUUUUUGUACAUAAAUGUGCCAACAGCUUGACAGUGGCUUUUUCCCCUUUUUUUUUUCAUUUUCGAACUGUAGAAUUAAACUUGCUUGCAGAAAUAAAGACACUUGUGUACUUGUUAAUAAAGGA